AUAUGUUAGUAAUGCCUUGUAAAUUGAUUACAAAUUGGUAUAAAUACCCUGAAGUCUGUCUCAGUACCAUCAUAUUGAUUGGAUACAUCAAUAACUUAGAAAAAUGGCAGUCAAAACCAUUGUCCUCUGCGCUCAGGUCCUUCUCAUUCAGUCGGUGCUUGGAAACCCAACCCUCAACAGAAAACUGCCGUCAGCCAUUUCUGGCGUAAGCGGUACAAAGGUGGUCGAAAGCACCGUCGCUGUUAGUAACAAUGCAAUUGGCGGUAAAGGUUUGAUCAACAAUGGGCUAAUCGGUACCGGACUCGGCUUGACCAACGCUGGAUUGAUCGGCUCUGGUGUCGGUUUGGCCAACACUGGAUUAAUCGGCUCUGGCGUUGGAUUGGCCAACCCUGCCUUAAUCGGUAACGCCUUACUGCCUGCUCCCGCCCCUGGAUUCCUCGACUUUGCCACAAUCACCGCCAGAGACAAUCUCCCCAUCUUCAGCUUCUCUCCCAUUGCUCCAACUGGUCUCACUGUUUUGUCGGAGAACAUCAUCGAAGGACCAAUAACAGUCGCUGGACAGCUGCCAUUCCUGAGCGCUGUAGCGUUCGAAGGUGCUCUGCCGUCUGAAGGUGCGGGCGCUGCUGGCUGCGGCUGCGGCAAUGGUAACAUUGGCAUCAUCAGCGAGAACUAUGAGCUCAUUCCCCCUGCUCUGGGUGGACUCGGCUAUGGUAAAGGGCUUGGUCUUGGAGCCGGUUACGGUCCUGUAGCUGGACACCUAGCUUUUUAAACUAAUUCACCACAACCUGAGAGUUGCCUGAAUAAAUUCAUUUUUGCAAUCAA